CCUGGCCCCAGAGGAAAUGCAGCGCUUCCUCCAGUAUCUGGGCUGCUUCUUUGCUUUCUUCUCUGCCGGGUUCCUGAUUGCAGCCACCUGGACAGACUGCUGGAUGGUGAACACCGAUGACUCCCUGGAGGUGAGUGCCACGUGCCGCGGUCUGUGGUGGGAAUGUGUCACCAAUGCUUUUGACGGGAUCACCACCUGUGAUGAAUACGACUCCAUCUUUGCUGAGCACCCAGUGAAGCUGGUGCUGACCCGGGCGAUGCUGAUCACCGCUGACCUGCUGGCCGGCCUGGCCUUCCCCUUCCUCCUCCUGGGCCUCGACUGCGUGAAAUUCCUGACAGAGGAGCCCCAGAUCAAGACUCGCAUCUGCUUCAUCUCGGGGUUAAUGCUGGUCACUGGAGGCGUCCCUGGCCUCGUGGGUUCUGUCUGGUACGCCAUUGGCGUCUACGUGGAACGCUCCACCCUGGUUCUGCACAACGUCUUUGUGGGCAUCCAGUAUAAAUUCGGCUGGUCCUGCUGGCUGGGCCUUAGCGGUGCUCUGGGCUGCUUCUUAUCUGGGGCUUUGCUAACCUGCUGCAUGCAGCUCUUCAGAGACCCCCACCGCCAAAAUGUAUGCGAUGGACACCCGAGUGUGAAGCGGAUGAGAGCCAGCAUCUCCUUGGCUCCUCUGUCUGUCCUACCCACGGAUCUGGCCCACGGGACGGAGGAGGAGGAGAAGACUCAGAGGCUGUGGUUCAUCUCUGCAGACUUUGGGGGCUUCCACAAAUUAUCUUCAGAGCAUCAUCUCACUAAAGAACACUGGCUUUAA